AUGUCCUAUCCUGCGAUGGCCGACCCUGCAUGGCCGCCAAAGUCUCCCCGCGAUGCCCUUCUGAGCUCCCCGGGAGGGCGGAGGAAAUACGAGGACCUACACCAGCGCCGAAAAUUGCUCUCGUCGCCGCUCAAACGAUCGAACACAACGCCUGGCCUACGAACGAAAGCACAACAGAUUCUCGACGAAGACCCAGCAGACGAUGAUAGCGAAGAGGACGAAGAGACUCUACAACUAAAGCUGGCUGAAAUUCAGGCCCGUCUCAAGCUGAAACAACUCCAGAAGAACAGGGCCAGGUCAGGUACCACCAGUUCAAGUACGGAAGAUGGAGAAGUCAGAUCAUCUCGCCCUUCGUCUGCCACUGUCUCUUCGGAGAUUGCCAGCCAGAUUGUACCACCCAAGAGCCCUCGUGGGCUAUCGCGAAACACGCCGCACGAUGAUAUCCAGGUACCACUGUCGCCCACGAGGCGGGAACAGCCUUCUCGGGCGCCGUGGUCUCCACAAAGGUGCAAAAUGGGGAUUGAUAAAGGCUGGACGGCUGCCGAUGUUUCGCUCAAACGGGCGCCGCGACCUACAAGUCAACUCGAGACCCGGAGCGCUGCUACCGCUCGAUCAGGCGACGUAUUCUCUUCUAGACCCCAGUCAUCUCCAAGUACUGGAGGCCUGAGUAGGAUCAAGAGCUUCAGCGAGCGGAUGGCUGAAGGUCGUGCUGCGGAGAAGCUUCGCGCCGAGAAAGCCAAGAAAAUUGACCGUAUUAGGGCAAAUCGAAGUGCUGGAUUCCAAUUGGACAAAGCAGAGAUUGAUGCAUUUAAAAGUGCUGCUGCGAAGGAACCAGCAUCAAGUCCAAAUAUGGGUCGACGGGAACCACAAGCACCGGCUUUCACACGUGAGGACAUUCUGAAAUCAGUAUCAUCAUCUCGGACAGGUGUCUUGAAGCGCAGUCAAACAACGUCGAGUUUGAGAAGCGAUGACAGGAAUUCGUUUACGGGAAGGCCCACUGAGGACACGACUCGCACUGACAGCAAACCGGAUCCUUCCAAGUUUGAAUCCUAUUCGGGACUUCACCUAUCGAAUCGCAUCCUUCCACACUCAUUUCUCAGUCGCAGCUUGGCGGAUAAGCAUACACUGAAAAUUCCCGACCUUCUCAAAACAGUCAAAGCUCCUGCUUUUGAACUACCCGAAACUAUCGAUGGGGACUUUGUUGUUUUUGGCAUCGUCGCAUCCAAGUCGGAUACCAAACAGACCAAAGAUUCAGGGAAAGCCACCUCAAAGUCCGUCGAACCACUUGAUGAUGGGAUGAACAACACCAACAGCUACAUGGUGAUGACGUUGACUGAUCUACAGUGGACCAUCGACCUGUUCCUUUUUGACACGGCAUUCCCGCGCUACUACAAAAUCUCCGAGGGAACUGUUGUUGCGAUUUUGAACCCUACGGUCAUGCCUCCUCCGAAACACAAGCUUGACACAAAUCGCUUUAGUCUCUGUCUUUCUUCUUCCGAUGACAAGGUGCUCGAGAUAGGAAAGGCACAAGACAUUGGCUUCUGCAAAUCCGUCAGAAAAGAUGGAAAGAUUUGCCAGGCCUGGGUGGACAGUCGUAAGACGGAGUUCUGUGACUUCCAUGUGGACCUUCAAGUCCGCCGGACGCAGGGCUCGCGCUCUGGCGUCAACAGUGGCACGGGCAUGUUUGGCGGGGGAGGAAAAUCUGGCUCUCGUACUGGCAUCUGGCAGGAAGGAAGAGGACACAGUCGAGGAGGGUCACGGUCAGGAGCCGUAGACUCCCCGUCCUACAGAUCUGAUGGAAAACUGAAGGCAGAAGGUGCGCAGUACCAUAUGGGCACACAGUCUGUCUACUACGUUGCUCCCGGCCCCAGGAAUGGAGGAGCCAGCCGCACUUCCUACAACCCUGCAGCAGUUCACUCAACUGCGAGCUUACUUGAUGCCAGCGACGAUCCAUUCAUCGCCGCUGGAAUGAUGGAACGAGGAAUGGAGAACAAGGAAGAGCGCAUGAGGAGACGCUUAGUAGCCCAGCAGCGAGAACUCGAGAUCACGCGGAAACUGAUAUCAGGCCGCGCUGGUGGAGUGGGUGUAGAUUACCUUCGAACUCGGACAGCGAACGAAACGGACCAGGGCAAGAAGGGUGCGGAACAAACUGCUCCCUCAACGCCAGAUUCGACCAGGCCAAGCCAGGGCUUGAAUCUUGUCACAUAUGGCAGGGCGAACAAUGUCCGCCUGAGCCCGAUGAAGAGAGCUCAUGACGGCGACAAGCCGCACGGCAGUGGUGUCAAAAAGACGCGGUUUCUCACAUCCAAAGGCAUCCGGGAGGCUGGUCGAGAUAGUUUAGGCGGCGAUGCAACUCCCGUGCGAAGGGUUCUCUCUGAUGACGAAGGAGAUGACGAUCUGGAAUUCGUUUGA